GCCUUUAAUUACGCGCGCUACGCGGUUUGCAUGCAAGGACAAGUGGAAGAAGUGUUUAGCUGGCGCAGUGGUUGUAAACAUUGCGGUUAUACGAAGACCUUUGGAUUUUGUGUUCGUGAGAGCUACUCUUGAGCCUGUAAAUUAUGGCUAAUCCCUGUGCUGGAUGUACGAAACCAGUGUACUUUGCUGAGCGGUUAGUUGCUAUGAAUAGAGACUGGCACAAGAUAUGUUUCAAGUGUGCCGACUGCAAGCAAACCUUGACACCAGGAAAGCAGAAUGUGCAUGAUGAUAAGCCCUACUGCAGAACGUGCUAUGGAAGAAAUUUUGGACCAAAAGGCUACAGCUCCGGCAAUGCUACAGCUGUCAAUAGCUAUGUGACCAAGUAGGAGAAGGAAACCAGUGAUGAACAAACAAGGAGACCAGUGAUGUAUCCCUGUUAAGCAUUCCGACCAACCAGAUUCCACAAAAGACUAAAUAAGUCUCACAUGAAAUGCAUCCUUUUAAAAGUGUUGUACAGACUACAUGUUCUUAUUGGCUUGAAAUGACUGGAAAAUUUAUUCAAAUGUCAGCACUUAGUGAGCUCAAGCAGCUGCAUGUAUGCUGACUCCAUGAGGUUUACUUUCAAAAGCAAAAUAUUUACACCGUAACAUUCUGCUGACCAAUAUUUGCUCCAUGUAUUUAUAAAGUUCCAGUAUUUCAGGAAAGGAUAGAGUGCUCAUCAUGUGCAACCUCCAAACCAUUUUUUUGGGAGGGGGGACACAUGCAGUUGAUCAGUUUUACAAGGAAAGGAAAUUUGAGUGAAAAGUUUGAGAAAGACCCAGUAGAAUGAUGAACUGCUUUGGGAGAAUGUUUUUUAAUAUGAGGAGUUAUUAAUCAAAGGUGUGCAUAUGGCCUCUUAUACCCCCCCCCAAACAAAAUGAGGAGUGUUUUAGAGAAAGACUCUGAUAAACUUUCCAACAUUAGUCUUCUAGAAAUGUUUAUUCUUCAAAUCAUUUUGUGCUUUUCUAAAAGGUGUAACAGCAGCAAAACAACAAACAGUACAUGUAAUGGUUUACUUUUCUCCAAUUGACAAUUUUCACAAGAUUCUAUUCCACUUGAAAUUUGAUUCAAACAACUUGAAAUACAUCUAAGUGUAACUUAGAUGUAUAAUAGGUCCGUAAAAGACUGUACAGCUUUUAUGUAUUUAGUUAUUAGGAGCGAUAAAAAUGAAGCACCAUGUAAUCUUUUAAGCUUGCCGGUAGUAUGUUACAAGGCGACAUCAGAGUUAAUGAAACAUGUUCACUUUCAUCCGUUCCACAGUGAUCUAGAUAAAUUACCUUUUAUUUUUUAUUAAGAAAAUGCAUUAAACAUGAUGCUAACGACGAUCAUUUUAGAUUUAUUUAAGAAUGAUCAACGUAAUGUUGAAAUGAAAUUGUGCAUGGUCAAUUGUGUAGAGCAACUCUGAAAAUAGAAUGUCAGCUUGCUUGAAUAUCCUGUGAGAAAAACCUUCGAAACAUGUCAAAUGGCUGGGCAAAAAAAAGUCUGCUAAAGUCUUGAAAUCUCUGAAAAUCUUGAAAACGUUCAAUUUGGGGGGAUUUUUAAUUCCUGGAAAGCUUAGCAGCACAUGAGAAAACUAAAAUGUGUGUAUAAUUAUUGAAGAGUAUCGGUAAAUGGAUACCUAAAUUUUAAUUUUAGCAUAGCAUAAACCAGAGACAGGUUUUGUAGAAAGUGGACCCAUUCCUUUCAAAACAUUGGAAAAUCCAAUUUGACAUACUUAUAAGUGAUUUAUGGUCAUUGUUUUAUUUGGGGGAUUUUAUGGUCAAAUAUUGCAAAAGAGGUUUUCUUCCCAUUGCAUCUAUCUGAGUCUGUCAUGUGACCUACACCAGUCUAUUGCACAUCCUAAAAUAGAAUUCAGAGCCAACCCAUGAUCUUCAACCUUUGCUAAUUAAUUCUGUGUUGUGAUUGGCCAAUGAUUGGCCAGUGAGGUUGCUUCCCUCUACAUGACAUCCUUUUCAGUUGUGCAUGGGGAAGCAGGUUACAACAUGUAUGAUGAAUUUAUGAGCAGCAUACAUCCACAUCCACACAUAGGAUUUUGAUGGGAGUCUACUCAUUAAUAUUUCUAUAAUGAACAUCUUCUUGGGACAUACCCAAAUGAUUCGAAGAUUGUGUAGAGAUUAAUAAUAGAUGUUUAUGGAGGGGCUGUGUGCGUGGAUGAAACUAUUUUCAAGGAUGAAUUUGCGCGGAGGAGAUGUUAAUUAAUAUGAGAAUACACUCUUAUAAUACACAUUGGGCAGGGCAAAAAUCUAAAAUUAAUGGAUGAAACUGUUGCAAGAUAGAAGGGGUCCAAUUUCAGGCCUUCCAAAUUUUGAUAUCUGUUGGGCAUUUGGGGAAGUUUUCUGGGAAAUUGCUUCUUGGUAAAUUUUGAACCAGCAUGUUGCAUAAUUAGGACUAUUGUAGCAUUUACACUAAUCAUGUUGCAAUGUAGAUGUGCAUGUAUGUUAUCCACAUACUGAAUGACGCAGUGGUUUUCAUUGCCCACCCAUGGCCAGUCAACGUCCAUAAAUUCAGGCAGUCAAUUUAUUUUAGUGUUGCAUAUAGAUCACACAGUGACAGAUGUGACCAGUCAUCAUUUGCUUCAUUAGAAAAUACAUGGACACAUGUACGUGUACUCCCCAGCAACUUGACAUUAAUCGGCUCAUGCUCAUCUCAUUAAUUAGUUAUUCUAUUCUCUAAAUUUGAUUACAAAUCCUAAGCAUAAGAGGUCAGCUAAAACACCUGCUAAAGGGAAGAAUUUCAUAACACAAUGUACAUAUACGUGUACAGGGUCUGAAAUUUACACAGCUUUAUUUUUUACACUUUUUAAUUUUGGUGAUGAUCAUUUUUUUUCUUGACAUCCAAAUGGAUUCUCAAGCCAAAGACUGCGUUGGAGCGUGAUCCACAAUGUAGCUCUCAGCUUUUUAUUAUAAUUUUUCCUGUCUGGCUGAAGUACAUGUAACGGUUGUUGAUUGACAUCUGAAGCAUUAAGGAGCAAUGACAGAGUUUGAGAAGCUUAGGUUAGGAAGAUCAAUGAGCGUUCCAGCUUUGGAUUUGAUUUCUGUUCCAUAUAUCUUGUUUUACUUGUUCAGUUGUUUGUUACUGGAUUUUUUUUGUUCAGAAUCAUUUGAGGGCAGAUUUUUUUAGUUUAGUUUGUUGAUUUCUUGUAAAUUCCAAUUGACAUAUUCGUUGCAUUAGUGUAUUUGGACAUGACGUAGGUUAGUUUGCUAUCCAGGUGUGUUGGCUUGUUUGUUUGUUGGGUGGAUGGUGAGUGGGUAAUUGGGUGGCCAGUCACUUUAUUUUCACGGUUUGUUCAUUUACAAACAAAACUGCAAGAUUGUACAUUUCAUUAACUCUGGUUUCCCUCCAGCACAUAUACUGUCUUUUCUUGUCCCAGAUUAUUUACAUUUUCUCAAAUAUUAAUCCAGUAAUAGAAAAAUCAGCAAGUGUUUUUUCAGUAUCUCAUACAGAUGCGCAGUUAUCGUCAUCAUCAUCUGUAUUACUUCAAUAACAGUAAAUAACUUUUCAUGUUAAUUAAUUAAUGGUUAUAAUCUGCUGUCGAUCAAGUUCUGAUAUAAAGAUUUAGGAAACAGGAAAUUUUAAUUUUUUCCCUGUCUCUAGCUUGGUUAAAUGUAUUUAUCAAUCUGUAUUUAUGAUAAGGAAGGGUACACCAGAUUUAUCAUGUGAUUAUUCAAUCUAGCAAGUGUUCUUUCCUUCUUGUGAAUUUUGCAAAUUGACAGUGUUCCUGCCAUAAGGUGCAUCAUCAACCUGAUUGUCUGAUCUAAGUUCCAUGGUUGUUUACCAUCAUUUUAAGAUAUCAACGAUUAUGGUUCAAUGGGAAUUUCCUCCUGAGUUUCGAACAUUUUUUCCCUUGUACCAUGGCGUUUGCCUGAGGAAAAUUAACAAUUUUUGUUGAAGUCCAGAAACCAUGCCUAAGUAGUUUCCAUGACUACAACAAAUAUGGGAAGCAUGAUUUGAAAAAGUGAUGUCUGUCGGUUUAUUCUUCUAUACAAAAUGAUUCUAAAUUGUAUUCACUGAUGCUUGUAGUGUGAUGAAAUGUAUUCCAAACUCCAUUCUAGAAUUUACUGAAAGUUUGUUGAAAGUGUUAAUGUUGUAUAUGUACUGAAAUAAUAAUAUAGUUUAACAUUAGUAUAAUUCUCAAAUUGCUUGCAAUAAGCCAUUCCAAAUAUAUCUAUGGAUAUACUCCAAAUUAUAUUUUAGUUACAAAUAGUUGUGGCUGCAUGUACAUUUUUAAUCAAGUACUGUGUUUGUCAUGUAUAGUUAAUGCAUGUCUAGCUUUUGCACGUCGGUAACUAAAUGUUUCAACCUUUCGUGGACAGAGUAUAGUAUUUGAAUUAAGUUUUAGCCCAACAGAGAGAGAAUAUGCUUACUUUUCCCAAGCUCAUCACCUGAGAAUAAAGUUUUCUUUUCUUCAAAUUAUUUGUUGUAUUAUUUUUUUUUACAAUAUCUGAUGCCAGAAAGCACAAAACUUGAUGUCCUUAAUCAUGUGACAAAUAUUGUCAGUUAGUGACUGGCUUGGUUCACCUUCAAUAUCUGUUUACAGACAUUGUUGAUUUAUUGCAAAAAAGGCAGUGCUUAAUAAACUUGACACAAGACAUGUUUCUCACCACUUUUGACUAAAGACGUUCUCAACUAAAACUGACUUUACUUCUGAGUGUCUUAGUAUAUUUACAUAUGUGUUAAAAUCCGUCGAGUCUGGAAGUACUAAUUUUGUUACAGAUUUUUAGGGUUGUUUUAUGAACAAACCCUUUUGUGUUAGAUGAAUGUAUAUCCAUUGUUGAAUUUUCUAAGUUGAGGGGUAACAGGGACUUUUGCUUUCACUUUCAUCCCCUGAUUGCGUUUUGUACCAAAUUAUUGAAAUCCUACAAGAUAUUUUAACUGUAACAUACCGCUCGCGUACUUCGUAUGUGUAAUUGCUAUUUCAUUGUAAUGUAGCUCUCUGCCGUUGUUUGGUUUGUGAACACAGUACAGAUGUUAUUCAAAUACUGCUUGUUAUGAUUACAUUUGUACGUGUUGUUCCUUUUGUUUGAGUGCUAAGUCUGAAAACUGUAUUCCAUGGCGCGAUUUUAUGGAAAAGAAGUGGUGGUAAAAAUUGUGAAAAAUAGGACCUCCAUACUGACUGUGAUUUCCAACACUUAAUUGAAUUUUGUUUAUUCCAUUAAAUGGGAUACUGAAACGCCAGCAGGACGAUUUUCAGGCCGUGAUGGCUGAAUUCCUAUGCCAUACUACAUAGCGCAGUAGAGAGGAAUUGAAUGCAUUAAAUUUAAGUCUUUAGCAGUAGGCAGCAUUUUACAUUAUGCAAAAGUAAUGCUUCAUUGUCUUCAGCUUGUAGCGAAAGCAUAAUACACGUAUAUAUCGUCAGCAUUGGCACAGAUUGAUUGCAUUUUCUCAUGUUUUAUGGGAAACUUGUUUACUACAUUAUGUAGAACAAUACAUGUGCUUAAAUGACAAGA